AUGAUGGCCACUGGUUCUCGGGACACCUCAGUUCGUAUGGCCAAAGUCUUCGUCAAGGAAGUUGUUCGAAAUGACUGGGAUUUCGACACUGGUGUUCCCUCUCCGUCCUCCGCCGACGGUACCCUUUGCCACAACCGCGAAGUGUGCGAAUGGCGAGUUCGAGAGUUCGAUACCCCAACUUCGGAACUUGAGCCCCAGAGCUCAGAUAGUGAGCAAGAAUAUGACCCGUCAGCCGUGAUGAGCCUUGCCCCCGGGGCGGCGGGCAUCGAGCGGCGUCGUAAACGCCGUAGACAAGUGGACGACGAAAUGACAUGGAACGAAGGGUUACGCGUAUGGAUGGCCAGGCGUGAUGCGUGGUGUGGCGCGAAGACCCGGAGACAGAUUCGGGCGGAGGAGCAAAAGCGUGCUUUGGCUGGUGCACAGGCAGACACAACAGAUCAGUCCGAUGGCGUGGAGCUGGGAGAAAAUAGUGCGACUUCGUCGUCUGGUUCGUCCCAAUCUGCGAUGCCUCCGGCUCGGAGCAGUGAGGGUAUUGGCGCCUCUGAUCUGGCAGUCCGGACCGAGACGUCGCUUUCCGUCGCGGAUCGGGAGAAGAGUGCGGAGCUGCAGCAACGGAUAGAUAUGACCUCUGGUCAGCAAGAUGAUCAAGAGGAAGGAUUGUCUACCGCGCCAGAUGAGGGAGCUAAACGGAAGGCCUCUUCAGAGACCAACAUCACAGAGCCGGAUCAGAAAGUUGCUGCAAAUGCGCCUACUCAAUUUGCAUCUUUGCCCGCCGUGGAAGACCAAACAGAAGAGGAGAAGCUGGAAGAAGAGCUGGAUGAACCACUUUGUCCCGUUGCGCCGCCUUUCAUUUCCAACGACAACCCAGUUCGCGCAACAAUAAAUCCCGCCAUCUAUCCUUCAAUUUACACCAAGGUCGUUGUGCAAGGCAUGACCCCGACCGUCCCCAUAAACCUUGCCCAUUUGACCAAAGCUAUGGUCCAAGGCUGGAAAUCAGACGGGCAGUGGCCGCCAAAGCCAGCCGUGACAUCGAUUGUUCUGGCCGAUGAUGCCUCUGUGCCCAAGAAAAACACAGAUCGCCCCGCCGAGGAGACACCGCAAGGCAGAAGGAAGAAUAGCAUUACCAACGCCGUGAAGAAAGUCCUCCACUUUGGAUCUCAUCCGUUCCAUCGCCACAGCAGCCAGGAUGCAGGGACUGGAGCCGGGGACCCGACGGCUUAA